AAAGAUGCUCUCAACAGGGCAAUAACACAUAUUGCAAUUAGUAGUCCAGCUAGAUGUUCAAGGUAGUAAAAGGGUGACAAGCAAUGGAGAAUCAAACUGAAGAUGAAAAAAUUUCGCUACUUAUGGCAAUGGGGUUUCCAGACCUGGAUUUGAUAUCUCAAGCCCUAAAAGCCAGCAGAGGUGACAUCAAUGAAGCUGUGUCAAUGCUUACAGAGAACACCCUUGAGUCUUAUGCCACCAAAGAUGAUCUCACUAAAGUGGCAGAUGAGCAAUGGAACACUGCAGUUGGGUUUCCAAACUCGGUUGCCCAAGCUCUACACAACCGCGUGUUUGCUGAUUCUUGGAACAUUCCUUACAAAAAACAUGAGGCUCUGGGACAGUGUAUUACGGCUGCCAUUAAUCUCGCAAAGCAAGAUCUAUGCAUGUCAGAUUCUGGAUGCCGUAGGUUCCUGGAUGAACUACUGCCAGAAUGCUUUCAGAAGCUCAUGGAUGCAGGAGCAGUUCGCAGAUGGACAGGUGACAUUCAAGAAGGAGUGCUGGACAUGGCUGAGAUGCUGUUGGAUCUUAGUGUUGCAACGCUGCAGUGCAAAGCCAUGCCACCUCACCCUGGUGUUAUGGCAUCUCUUGCCCAGGUGUUCACUCCAAAGAAUGAAUUUCACACAAAGAACAAGCUGAAGAAAUCAGAGUACAAGGCAACUUCUGCUAUUGCCAUUACUCCUGAGCCUAACGAGUUCAGUUAUGGCUGGCUGGUAGACCUGCUCAAUAGGUUUGCUGAUCUUGGCGGCUUUGUGGCGCUGCUUGAACGUCUGGCAGAACCUGACCUGCCGCUGGCUCUGCUGGUCUACAUGUUACGGCCAAUUAGUGUUUGCUGUCGAAUGCUGCGUAAGGACAUGAUUUGGCCGGCUUUGCAUCCUGUGUUGGAGUCUGUGGUGGAUAGACUAUCGAAUAUGACGGAAACUCUCCUCAAAAGCGCGGAUGCAGAGCGCUGUUUCCAACUAUUAGAGAUUUGUCAACAAAUCUGCAGCGCCAUGUGGUUGGAGCAGCUGGAGCAUGUCACUAGCCUCCACUUUCAUCUUAUUUACACCAUGAUCAAAUUGCCACACUUCUCGGCAAGGAUUAAUGCUCUCAAGGGUUUGGGCAAGCUGAUCUCCGACAGCGACAAAGGCCGCUCUGGUGCCCAAUCAGAGCUUUAUGAUAUCGACUACGUCCAGAAUUGGAUGACAGAAAAACGAAUUCUUUUUUAUGCAUUAGAUGGAAACCUGGACCAAAUCCAGUACACUGAGCGUAUGCGCGAGCUGAUGGACACUCUGGCCCCGAAGCUGCGCAUGGAAGACCUCACGCGCAUCUGGCAGCUGGUGGACCGCGCCGCCAACCCUCAGGUGGUGGACAACAUCCACGCCAUCCUCGAGGUCGCCGCCAAGAAGUUCAGCCCCAUGCAGUACGAGCACAUCCUCGGCCUCGUGUGCAAGAGCUUUGACAGCGGCUCCGAGCGGCUGAAGGAGAAGCUGCUGACGUUCCUGGGCACGAUUGGUCGUGACAACCGCCUGGGGCGGACAGCGGAGACGAUGCUAGACGUGGUCUGGGGGCUGGCCAGACGUCCUGACCUGCCUGCCCACCUCGUAGACCGAGCCAUGAAACAACAUCUCAACAUUCUCUCCCACUCAGCCACCCGGGACUCGCUCCGUCGUGAGUACAUCGUACGCUGCAUCACCGACAUCAAGCGCAGUCCUGCAGUUUUUCUCCCACUGAAGCAGCUUCACGUUCUUGCUCAGUCACUGACGAAAGGCGGGCAUGGCUACUUCAAGACUGAGAAGUCAAUGUUGUCUGACAUCUGCCGCCAGCACCAACUGAUAGCAUUGCUGGCAUCCAGCCUGACCAAAUGCCAUCAGCUGGCGGUGCAGAGUAAAGGGGGACGACCUCCGCUGCCCGACACCCUCAUAGACGGCAAAUAUACUCACAAACAGUACCUGACCGUGCACAUGGAGUUCCUCAAGUUUCUUCUGAAGGAGGGAGAACAAUUCCUCACGUCACGACACGCCAAAGAAAUCUGGGACACAUUAGUGACCAAUCCAUGCGCUUCUGCUUAUGACAAAGAGACAUGCUUCUUUCUGCUGCGGGUUUGCCUGGAGGAUUUGGAAGGCGCGAGCCAGCGAGAGUUGUUGCUGGAGCGCCUGCUGCUGCUGCCGCCGGCUGCUCUCACACGUCCUGCCUACACCUGCCUGCUGGCUUUCUGGACGGCCGUUAACCGCACAGACCGCCGCCUUGUCAAGUACAACGGCACUUACUGUGUGGACUCGUUGGAGCUGCUGGGACAGGACUACCUAUGGCGCGUGCUGCUCGAAUGCAGUGACCUCGUCAUCGUCAAUCACGCCGCUAACCUCCUCCUCGCUGCCGCCUUCUUCAACCUCUCGCCCAAACUUAAGAAAAAUCCCUCUAGUCUUCACCAGAGAUUUGUGAAAGACUGCUACAGGAAACUUGAUAAGGCUCUCGGUGAGCUUAGAAGUGUGGGCAGCAGCGAGGGAUAUGACACAGCAGAUGCUAGUGUGGCAAGUGGCACGGCAAAUCUCGUGUCCGCCGUCACGGCCGCCACCAACACCCUCACCGCCAUGGCUGUCACUGGCGCCGCCGAGAUCCCGCCUCCGCAGAAACCUAGCUGGCGGGGCCUGGUGUCACAAGUAGAGCGGCUCGUGUGUCUGUGUCGCGAGUACCUCAGUCGUGUCGAGGAAAGCUUCGCUUGGCCGCGCACGCUUUCUCCUCACGCCGCCACCUUCACCGGCACGCCCCUCGUUCUGACCGUCACAUCGGCUUCUCCUGCCAUCACCUUGACACUGGCAAGCCACAGCCAUGAAACGAUACGCUGCUUACGAAGUCGUAUUGUAGCUGCCAUAGAUCAGCACAACUCCUCAAUAAGCAGCUCCGCGGAUCAACUUACUCAACUGAUUUUUGUGAUCCACCGCGACAAGUGCGAGAGGGAAGAAUAUUUCAAAAUAACCCCGAGCAAAGAUAGUCCGUGGGAGUUCACUGCAGGGCCGGAGGAGGAUGAAUCGGAUGUGUUCGAGAGCUGCGAUGCCGACAAGACGUUCUCAGCCCGACGUCAUCUGCCUGCGGUUCAUAACUCAUCUGAGAGCGGCUCUGAAUGGACCAGUGAGAGGCAGCAAUCUGACGAGAAAGAUCUCGAAUCUGUCACUUGCAUCCUCGGCGAACGUGACAAUAAACUCUUAGCUGAGUUAGGAGUCACUGAAUCUUGCGAGCUGAAACUUGUGUUCAGUGCUACUGCAGCUAAAAAUUCAGCGACCAAGGAGAUUUCAUCAGUUGACUCUUGGAAUGAGCUGCCUGGACCGAGUAGCUACUGCGACUCAACAACUAGCAGCUCGUUUUUCUCUUCUUCCUCUCCUCAAAAAGUGACUGUUGAAGCUGCAAAUCCAAGUGACUCUGUAAAUAAAAAUUCCUCUUCGAGCACUGGUUCCAUAAAACUGACGCUUUUUGACCGACUACAGACCACCGGCUCUCGCAUCACUGCUGCAGCGGCUGGAGCUACCGGAGGUGGCAGCAACGAAAGCGAGGAUAGUGGCUUAGCUGCGGCCUCUUCCCGACAGUUUGAAACUGAGAAAUCUUUGCCCGGGGUGCUCAUGGCUGAGAAAGGUUGCGAGGUCUUUGAGCUCUUCUUCAGUCUGGGCACAUUGCAAGAUAGAAGAAUGGUGCUGUGUGCGCGUGCGUUGCUACACGUCAUUCCCACACACUCCGAGCUACUGGACCGUUUGGACGCCGUGGCGAGCAGCUGUGGCGACACUGACGCUGUGGAGCUGGCUACUGCUGCUGGCGAAGGCAGCGGCAGAGGUGAAGGUUCCUCGCCCGCCAAGCGCGAGAAGCUCCGUGACAGCGCCGCCAGCGUGGGCAUCUUGCGAAGUCUCUUCGACCCUCAGCACCCUGGCAUGAGCCUCUUCACUCUCCUCUAUAACCUUGAGGCGUUAUCAAGCAAGUUGCUCCAUUCAAAUCCUUCAGAAAAUCGCCUUGAUCGGAAGUUUUGUAACGAGUUCUUAAGGUGUGGAGGGCUACGCCUGCUGCGGAGAUUAUUAGAAGAGGAUACAUUGCCUCCCAACCCCUCCUCUCGUCGCAACGCUGCUCAGGCUUAUGGGUACCUCAAGAGAGAGAUCCACUUCCGGACCUUGCAUUUGCUCAAGUUGUUGAUGUGUGGGGCUGGUGAGCUGCAGCGGCCGCCUGCAACCCUCAGUGCCUGUCCCAACACCCUCAAGCAACCCGCCUCUCAAGGACUCCAUUCAGACAGCUCCUCUGCUGCCACUUCCGCAGGUAAAGCAAACGAGCGCAUUCUCUCCGAGGAGUCGCUUCUUAAGGAUGCUGGACCUGCGUGUCACGGUCCUGCAAGAGCCGCAAUCCUGGUGCUGUCGGAGAGCGACUGGCUGGCGUUUCUGGUUGCCGUCAUGCGCACCGCCACUCCUUCUGUUGCUUCUAAACUCUUGCUGCCUCUGCCAUCUGAUAUUGACGUCGUCAUCAAAACAGUUGACACUUCUUCUGACCCAGAGAGCUCUGCCACUAGUCCUGAUCUAUCAGGUGGUGCCGGCAGUAGUUUGGAGGUGUCCAUGCAAGAAGCCCAAAUAACGGCGCUAUCCGUGUCUGUGCUUGUCUCGGCUCUCGCCAUCAGACCAAACCUCAUUGGUAGUUGGUACAGCGUGCCAGGUGUGCGGCAGUACCUGCUGCAGCUGGUGCUGGGGUGCAGCAGUCAGCUGGUGAGGGAGGCAGCAACUCAACAGCUAACUAUCCUCACGCAGCUCAACACAAGCGUACAGCCCCACCCUAAGCUCUUUGUGUCUCUGGUUCUGGUGAAAGCUCCCCUACCAUUGUGGGUGUCUACCUCGCACGCUAGAGGCGCUGCACCGACCAUCAUCUCUCAGUCCCUGGAAUAUUUCAAACUCAGGUCCCUGUUGCUGUCACGUCUGACUGCAGAACAGGAGGCAGCGCUGGGCGUGUCAGCGCGCCAGAUGCUGGAGGAUGAAGUGAGUUGGCUGAGUAACUUCACCCUCACCAGACCUCGCAGCCGACACCGCCCUGAGAGUGCUGGUGUAGCUGCGAGACGCGCCGCUGAUGACACUCUUUGUGCUGGUCACCUAACGUUGGUUCGCGCUUUACUGACGGCGCCUGGUGUCGACUUGCUUGAGUUUGGCCACAAGCUCAUCCCGAUGAUAGUGGAGGUGUACCUCUUCCCUGCCGCGGUCAUGAUUCUUGAUGACCGUGCCCAACCCGUGCUCGAAAAUGCUGUCAAGGCGUACAAUGGCAAGUGUUGUGGAGCUCUAAGUCGUCAAGAAGCCUUCUUACUACUUGUGCAAUUGAGCCGUGGACACCCUCUGAACAUGGCUUCUCUAGCACACAAGAUCCUCAGACUGCACCAUUCACAGCCGCUUACGGAGUGGGAGGCAUGUCCGACAGUAGAAAGUCGGGCUGCUUGCGGUUUCGUGGGCCUGAAGAACGGCGGCGCAACCUGUUACAUGAACAGCGUCCUACAGCAGCUCUUCUUGGUGCCGGGUGUCAGGGAAGACCUGCUCUCCAUAACCAUUCGCGACAACACCGAGACAAGCUUACUGUACCAGCUGCAGACUGUGUUUGGUCAUCUGCUAGAGUCAGAACUGCAGUUUUACGAGCCUCGGAAGUUUUGGGAAAGUUUUCGUAUGGACGGACAGCCCGUGAACAUCCGAGAGCAGCAAGACGCUUUUGAGUUUUACACGCGACUGGUGGAGCAAGUGGACGAGUGCCUCAAGAAGCGGGGCAUUCAAAGAGUGUUUGCGAGGCGCUUUGAGGGACUCUUCUCCAUACAACGUUUGUGUCAAGACUGCCCUCACAGAUUCGAACGCGAAGAAUCCUUCUUGUCUCUGAACUUGACCGUGAAGAAACUUGAUGCCUUGCACAGCUCGUUAGACCAGCUGGUGAAAGGAGAGUUGUUGGAAGGUGACAAUGCUUGUUACUGUGACAUUUGCCGUGUGAAGGGACGUGCUGUGGUGCGCACAUGCAUUAAAUCUGCUCCUCAAGUGCUCACUAUUCAGCUGAAGCGUUUUGGCUACGAUUACGACAGAGGGCGAUCGGUCAAGUUUGAUGAUCAUUAUGAGUUCCCUUGGCUUCUUGACAUGGCCCCCUACACAGCUGAGUAUUUAGCAGAAGUUGAGGACAGUGUCGUCAAAAAACUCGAGUGUGACGACAACAGCCCGCGUUCCACCACACCUUCGCCUGAAAAGGAAUUACAACCUCUGGCGGGACGAGGCAGUUAUGCUGAAGCCGUUGCGCAUAAACCUGACAUUAUCCCCGUGAGUAUCAAAGAAGCUGUGAGUGGUGGCAGUUCUGGCUAUGGGGAGGAUUCCUCGAGCUCCGGCAUGCAAGACGAAGAUACUGAAAUGAUUUCGCCCGAUAAGGUUGUAGGAUCUCUUCCUCCAUCCCCAGCCCUGACCUCUUCUGCUAAGUCGUCACCCCUACCAAUAAGGAGAAGCAGCCGGAAGAAGAACGACACGUCAGAGAAACAUUGCAAAGACUCUAUUCCUGAGGGUCGACAGGUACCAGUUAAUCAGGACGGCAGACAAGAUUCAGGCUAUGAGCAUCGUCGAAGAACUCGUCAAGAAGCGCUCAGCAGCUCCAGCAGCACUGAAUCCAGCGACGUAUUCGUUUCUCCGACGUCUCGCACGCCUCCUCCAAUAGAUGGUGACAAAAUCAAAGAUCCCUCUCUCUCAUCGUCACUCCCAGCUUCUGCCUGCCGCGUGGGUCCGUUAGCGACGCCUCCUGGUGCUGUUGCCCUUGCUGCAAGCGAGGGUUUCGCCACCCCUACCUCCAGUCCUCGACCUGUUCGCAAUCGUAAGAAUCGUGCGUUGCUGUACGACCUCGUGGGCGUUGUGGUUCACAGCGGUCAGGCGGCAGCUGGUCACUACUACUCCUACAUUAAAGACAGGAGAGGGGACUCGCUCACUAAUCCUAACAAGGGAAGAUGGUUCAAGUUCAACGACACUACAGUCGAGGCUGUGGAGAUGACGCAAGCCAUGCUGGAGCACGAGUGCUUCGGAGGCCAGUACACCGCGCCCACAAGCUCUAGUUCGUCGUUACCAGAGGAGCGUAACCGCUACUGGAGCGGCUAUCUGUUGUUUUACGAGCGUCGCGAGCCCCGGGGCAGCUUGGCGGCGCCAACGCGCACCACGCCUGCCACGGCACCUCGUAUUCGCCAGCACUCCGCUCGCUCGCUGAAGCUUACGCAUGGAGUGAGGCGCGCCCUCAACCUGAACGUGAGUCCAGUGGUUGGUCGCAGUCGUCGUACUGAGGAGCCCCAGCAAGUUCCCGCCACUACUCCGUCACCCACAACCUCCAAUCCUCCUCUCGUGUCUUCCCAGUCUCAGUGCUUCGACUCGGCUAGCGACGUAGCGCAGCAAGUGUCCAGAGAAGAGCGCAACCGCGAGCGUUUCGCUCGUAGUAGUCUAAGUGAGCUUCGCGAGCUCAUGGAAGAGGGAGAAAAACGUGGAAUCUUUUCCCAGCAGCGACUUCCGCCUCAUAUCCUCGCUUCAAUCGUCCACCACAAUCUUGAGUUGUACCGCAACAGAUGCAUUUACGUCCAACCUUACUAUGAUUUUCUUGCGCAAUUGUGUGGUUCUUUGGUUCUCCCCAGCAGCACAGAAACCCAGUCUUUUGAACCCAUUCCUUUCGUAAUAGAACCUGCAGCAAACUCUAGUUCUCGGACAUCUGAUGAUCCCAAACGCUGCCAGUCAUCAUCUUUGACAAAGGUAAAAUUUUCUACCGAUGAGCAACUGGCUCAUAGUCAAGCCACAAAAUUAGCCUUGUCGUUUCUAUUCAACUCUUACCUGAGACUGAAGAACAAAAAGAGGAGCGUAGUAGAAAAGUGGUGCCAAAUAUUGAGCGAGAUUGUGCAGUUCAGUCCGGCUGGCUGCACCGCGGCUCUCGAGUUCUUUUCCGAGGACUCGGGUCACCGGCAUCUACGGCCGUUAUUACUGCAUUCGACACACCGAGGCAUGCGAGAAUGCUGCAGUACUGGACUUAAAUGUGUACUGCUGGAGGCUGGCAAACAUUGCAAUGGAGACGACACUCUGAUGUCAGCCCUCAAGACCCUCAUUAAGACUCUACUUGAGAUGCUUCGCGAUGCUGUGCCUUCCGCUGUGCAGCACAGUCAGCACUACUUUUCUGUAUUGUUACAGUUUUGUUCGCAAGGCAAACGAGAAUGUAAUCUCGUUCUUAAAGCUGGAGGCUUUAGUCUGCUUAUGCUCUUCCUCCUUGGCAAGGAACUAUCAGAUGAUGCGGGACAGCGCAAGACAGACUGUGACGAGCUCAACACCGAAGACAGCACCCGACGUUGGACGUCUGUGCAAGCCCAGGAGUUUGGUUCGGUCCAUGCUAUCUGCGCUGAACUCAUAGCCAGAUGUGAUCUGUCAUGUCUUGCCACUCAGUCUGCUCCAACUAACAUCAGUAUGGCAUCAGUUACAGCAGACUCUCCUCACGACGAUCAUCAUGACCAGAGCAUGACAAAUGUAAGGCAAAAAAUCAAUGCUGAAAGACUUGUUAGUGAACGUUCUGAGAGCCCCGUUCUGAUGGAAGUCCACCAUGACGUAGAAACAUCAAAAAUGUGUGACUCUGAUCAAAAAUCUCCCAAGUCCAGUUCUAAAACAGAGUAUAAUCAAGACUCGUUUAUGACAGACCUUGCUUCUCCCAACGUUACUCCUGUGCAAAAUGUGCAGCAGCAUGUCUACUUGGAUAAUUUUGACGGAAGCUUUGGUAUAACGCCGACUGCCAGCAUACUUGAGGUGUUGUCAGGGAAUAGCGUCUCUAUACAGUGGCUCUCGAUUGUAGUGACUGCUUACAGGGAACUGCUCGAACCCAUGCCAAAAAUGACGACUGUAUUAAUGACUGCCUGUGUCAACAAUAGGCCUUUCUCAACAAGCCUAAUCAGCACCGUGCUAUCUCAAUACUCCAGUGCACCGUCCAAUAUGUUGAGGGAGCUGUCGCAACUACUUCUCGAGACUCUUACCAUUAGUGAUCAGCUUCAUGAAGAGCGCGUUGUGUUCCUGCUAGAAGGUGGUAUAGACACUCAAGGAUCCAAGUGCUCUGGUUUACUGGAACUAAUAAACGAGUACCACACGAGCGACGUGCGUCGAGCAUAUCAGUGCAUGAAACUUUGCGUGAACAUUUCGUCUCGUUUCACGUUAGCUCGCGAUGUGCUUUCAAAUACGAGCUCCAAGUGGCAUUGGGCUGUAGAGUGGCUCAAAGACACCAUCCACAGUGCGUUGGAUUCAUCUAGUAAUUUCAACGUAGCUUCAGCAGCUCUCAGCAAUGAAGGUAGCCACACAAACGUUUUCCAGCGCACCACUAGCGCCCAGAUGACUCUUGAGGAGGCAACAUUUCUCCUCAGCCAGAUGGAACCAGCCGAUAUUCUUAUGGACACUGAGAACAGCAACGAUGGCUUAGGCGAUAUUCGCGAAGAUUCUCCCACCCCUUCGAACCUUAGUGGAUCAUCCGUACGAUGGACCUAGAUGAAUUUUUUUUUGAUUAACCAUCUGAAAUUUCACAUGCCAGUUGUAUCCCAUCGUCGUAUGUCAAUUAACUCAAAGAGAAACAUGUGCGUUUUAAAAAUAAUUUAGAAAUGUAUCUUACCUAACCUUGUUUUUUUUUAUAUUUUUUUGCAACACUUAUGUCAUACCAAUGUUUUGUGUGACUUCUAAAAGGGUUGUUUUGUACUUUUCUAUGCAUCCUUUAUACUUUAACUUAUUAUAUUCUGGAUGGAAAAUAGUACUUUUCUCUUAAAUACCUCUAUUCAAUAUGCCAAUCUCUUUGAGAACUACAUCCUUUGCCUGUGAAUAGAUCGAGUAAUUUAUAGUAUUUCCACUAAACAGAAAAUGUGCAAAUUUAGUUGUUAUAAGAAAAUUGGAGAGAGUGCCAUGUCUGAGGCGUUUGCUGCCCACAUAUCCUGAGUGUUGUGUGUGCCUAAGAAAUGCCUUCAACUAUUUAGCCUCUAGAUUUUUUUUCUCUUUCGGGAUGGGAACAGAAUGAAAGUACAAGAUUCCCUCUAUCGGCCGUGCUAUGCCUACACAUUACUCAGUAUUAUACUCGCUCUCGUGUUCUUUUAAAAAAUUAGAGAUGCUGUCGUGAUAUUUUACUCUCCAUUUUCCUGUUAAUAGUGUAUCAUUGUGAUGGUUGCCUCUAUUUUGAAGAACUUGAGCUCUACGUUUAGUGGUGCUACUAUAGUAAGUUUCCAUGAAAUUUAUAAAUCAAGACAAUUUUCAUUUCCGGUAUUCUCUUGGCGCUCAUUGGACUUAGCAUUUGGUGUUGACCAACAAUAAGUAGCAGUGUCGUAAUCAUUCACUUGAAUACAUUUUUCAUACAUUGAUCGAGCAAGCGAAGUGUUUUACAUACUUUCGAGCAUGACGUCAAAAUUAAUGUUCAUUUUUUUCAAAAAUCCAGCUUGAGCAAUAGUAUCCAGAGGUGUCCUGUGAUUAUUCCUGCUCGUUCAUACGUAUUAUUUUAUUAGCCUCCUCGACUACUUUUGGGUUCGUUUUAAAAUUUUGUAAUAUACUCCUGUCAAGUUUCAGGCACUGCAUAACUCUACUCUAAUGAUCAAUGUAUGCAAAAAAGUUUUGCUGACAUAGCUUACUUUCGUUUGAUAUCUAGACUUAAUUUUCAGAGUUACCAUUGAUUUUCUAGCAUUAAGAGCGAGACGGAUUGAACCUGCUCGAUAUCGGAGUUUGGAAUAAGUUUAAAUGUACGAACAUAAACCUGAACUGGAUUUCUUGUGUUAAAAUGCUAAUUAUCUUUUAUUGAAAAGCGCGUUUUGAUUUUCGACUUGUUGGAAUGCCCGACAAUCCUUGCUCAAUAAUUAAUUUAUCGUUCUAGCCGUUAGUUCAUUAAUUAUUGUACAUGAUCAAUUGAUCGAAAUGGGAAGUAGUUGAGAAUAUAUAUUACACUUGUAAACGUUACUGUGUGACUACCAAUUAUUAGACGAAAGUUAUAUAAAUUAAGAUAUACAUGUGACUAUUGAUUUUAUGACGUAAAGCAGGGGAUGCCAAACAUUUUCUAGUGAUUAUUGUGGCAGGAGGAUGCCGUUUAUUGCUACUCAUUGUUCCGCCUCUGCCUACGUGCCGACAGAGGCGCUUCCGUGCCAUCGCUUUGCUUAACUGUAGCCUUUGUUCCCAUUCCGUAUUGUUAGCCUACGUAAAAUUCGAUGAAUCCGCUACGUUUGUUACAAAAUUAUUGCUUCAAUAUUGCUUGUCAAUUAUCUUAUCAGAAUUUUUACCCCUUAUUUUCUUAACCAAUCUAAUUUCACUAUUUAAUGAACAUUGUUCUAUCAUUCACUUGUUGCGUUGUUGGGACGUCUUCGCCUAUGUGAUUGUUGUUUAAGCGUACGCAACCGAUUAUUAUAUUUGUACAUAUUCCUUCAACAAAUAGUACGACUUUGUCUGUGGAUUUUAUUAUCUAUGGUACGGCGAGUGAAUCUAAAUUUUUUCUAGGGUAUGAAUUUUUCUUUGUGUCACCUCGUUAAACACUUGAACGUAGUUUCAAAUUAAUUUCUCCAGUGACUGAUGAUGUUUAAACUAUUAAGCCUUCUUGUGGGAUCUACAAAACAAUACCUUCUGGUUAUUGAUUGUUGCGAGGGGCUGGAUCGUCCAGUCUCAUCUACAGGAAGUAUUGAUAUCGAGUAAAUGCAUCUUUCAGAACGAUCUAAGAAGGAUUUGCCAUACUUUUUUGUCUGCGUGUGAAGUUUUAAAAUUUCUUACCAAUAAAAUAGUAAAGUAU